AUGCUUCAGCUGUUGCAGGCCUCUGAUCUCGCAAUUGCGAGCCAAACAGGAAUGGCAAUUGCGAGGUCUUCAUCGCAAUUGCGAAUAAGGCCUUGGGCAGCAGGGUUCGCAAAUGCGAACCAACCUUCGCAAAUGCGAAGUAGUCAGAGAAGGGGGAAUCAUCGCAAUUGCGACAGUAUCAGAAAUGCGGCAGAGCAUCCAGAUUAUAGUGCACCACCAGCUCCCAUCAGAGCACCUCCUUUUCAGGGUUAUUAUCGCGUCAGCCAGCCCGUCAGGUACAUAGAUUAUCGGCAGUUGAACAAAGUCACCAUCAAGAACAAGUAUCCAUUGCCAAGGAUUGAUGAUUUAUUUGAUCAGCUUCAGGGUGCCAAGGUGUUCUCGAAGAUUGAUUUGACAUCUGGCUAUCAUCAGUUGAGGAUUAGGGCUUCUGAUGUCCCUAAGAUAGCUUUUCGCACUCGGUACGGGCAUUAUGAGUUUCUAGUGAUGUCAUUUGGGUUGACAAAUGCCCCAGCAACAUUUAUGGAUUUGAUGAACCGGGUGUUCAAUCCCUAUCUGGAUUCCUUCGUGAUUGUUUUCAUUGAUGAGAUUUUGAUCUACUCCCGCAGCCGAGAGGAGCAUGAACAGCAUCUCCGGAUCGUUCUUCAGACUUUGAGAGACAGUCAGUUAUAUGCUAAGUUUUUGAAAUGCGCGUCGCAAUUGCGAGCCAGACAGGAAUGGCAAUUGCAAGGUCUUCAUCGCAAUUGCGAAGAAGUCCUGGGCCAGCAGGGUUCGCAAAUGCGAACCAACCUUCGCAAAUACGAAGUAGUCAGGGAGAGGGAAUCAUCGCAAUUGCGACCAAAAGUUCGCAACUGCGACAGUAGCAGAAAUGCGGCAGAUUUCGAAGCUAGUGGUUGA